AUAAAUGCAAGUGAAAUUCAAAGAUUUUCAGAUUUUCCAUUGUCAAAGAAAACCAUAAAAGGAUUACAGGAAGCUCAGUAUCGUGUGGUAACAGAGAUACAGAGGCAAACCAUAGGUUUGGCUUUACAAGGUAAAGAUGUACUUGGAGCUGCAAAGACUGGAUCAGGCAAAACCUUGGCUUUUAUUGUUCCAGCUUUGGAACUCCUGUAUCGCCUUCAGUGGACCUCGGCUGAUGGACUGGGCGUUUUGAUAAUAUCACCUACCCGGGAACUGGCGUAUCAAACCUUUAAGGUUCUGCGUAAAGUGGGAAAGAAUCAUGAGUUCUCAGCUGGCCUUAUCAUUGGAGGAAAGGAUGUGAAAGAAGAGUCUGAAAGAAUCCACCAUAUAAAUAUGCUCAUUUGCACUCCAGGACGGCUUCUACAGCACAUGGAUGAAACUUCCUAUUUCUAUGCAUCUGAUCUGCAAAUGUUGAUUCUUGAUGAAGCUGAUAGAAUUCUAGACAUGGGGUUUGCUGAUACAAUGAAUGCAAUCAUAGAAAAUCUACCUAAGAAACGCCAGACCUUGCUUUUUUCUGCAACACAAACAAAAUCAGUGAAGGAUCUUGCACGGCUGAGUCUGAAAGAUCCGGAAUAUGUUUGGGUUCAUGAGAAAGCCAAAUUCAGUACCCCGGCAACUUUGGAUCAGAACUAUGUUGUUUGUGAGCUUCAUCAAAAAGUAAACAUGUUAUACUCUUUCUUGAGAAGUCACUUGAAAAAGAAGACCAUUGUGUUUUUUGCAAGCUGUAAAGAGGUCCAGUAUCUCUUCAGAGUGUUCUGUAAGCUUCAGCCUGGUCUUCCUGUACUGGCACUCCAUGGCAAGCAGCAUCAGAUGAAGAGAAUGGAAGUCUACACUUGUUUUGUUCGGAAAAAGGCAGCAGUACUUUUUGCUACAGAUAUUGCAGCUCGUGGCCUGGAUUUUCCAGCAGUGAACUGGGUGAUUCAGUUUGAUUGUCCAGAAGAUGCAAACACGUACAUCCACAGAGUGGGAAGAACAGCCAG